AUGUCAGAGUCUCUGCCACUGCAGGCCUGCCUAGAUGCCAAAGAUCUUACUGCAGCCUUGAGCACCAAUGAGUGCUUCAAGUGUGGGAGCUCUAGCCACUAGUGCCCUGCUAAUGGAGGCCACGGUCAUGGAAUGAGAAGCUGUGGCAGAGGUGAUUUUACCUCGGAUGGAAGUUUCCUGUUUGUUUCCUCACCUCUUCCAGACAUCUGUUAUUGUUGUGGUGAGUCUGGUCAUCUUGUCAAGGAUUGCGAUCUUCAGGACGAUGCCUAUUAUCACUGCGGUAGAAGCGGCCACAUGGCCAAGGACUGCCGGGAACCCAAGAGAGAUCGAGAGCAAUGCUGCUACAACUGUGGCAAACCAGGCCAUCUGACUCGUGACUGUGACCAUGUGGAUAAACAGCAGUGCUCUUCUUGUGGAGAAUUUGAACACAUUCAGAAAGACUGCACCAGAGCAAAGUGCUAUAGGUGUGGUGAAACUGGUCACGUAGCCAUCAACUGCCACAAGACAAGUGAAGUCAACUGUUAUUGCUGUGGCAAGUCAAUGCACCCUGCACGGGAAUGCACAAUUGAAGCCACAGUUUAUUUUCAUUUGUUGCCCCUCCUUUUUCUGAUUGAUGGUUGUAUUAUUUUCUCUGAAUCCUCUUCACUGGCCAAAGGUUGGUAG